AUGGCUUCGCAUCAAUCCACCGCUGGCCUCGAAAACGCCACCGCCUACAUCAAUGGCCGCGUGUUUACCGUCGACGAGAGUCAGCCGUGGGCCGAGGCCUUCAUCGUGUCGGCCGCGGGCGUCUUUGCCCUCGUAGGCUCGACGGAAGCCGUCCUGGCCGCCGCUCGCGAGAGCAACAUUGUCGUGCAUGAUUUGCAGUCACGCUUCGUCAUGCCGGGGAUACACGACGCCCAUGUGCAUCUUCUGGCGGCCGGCCUCUCUCAUUUCAGCAACAUCCACCUUGGCCUGGACGAAAUCAUCCCCAUGUCUGAGGCGACAGCCAAGCUCAGGAGCUCUGCAUGCGGCUGUGAGUAUGCUCACGCCUUUGGCCGAUGGCUGAGCGCAGAUGUCUUCCGCAUCAAGGACUUUGACCGUUCCGUCCUUGACGAGGAGUACCCCGACACGCCCGUCAUCAUCCGGGCCGGCGCCGGCCACAGUCUGCAUCUCAACACGGCGGCCCUGCGCGAGUCCGGCUACGACCUCGUCAACGAGUCGUAUCCAAACGGCGCGUACGUUGGGCGCCGACCCGACGGAACCCUCAACGGCGAGGUCGCCGAGCUCGCCACCACCAAGGCUCUUCUCGCCUGUCCCAAGCCUUCCGUCGCCCACGCGAAGCGCGCGCUCAAGUACGCCGUCCGGCGCUUGCACCAGGCCGGCGUGACGUCUUGCCAGGAGGCCGCCACCAACACGCUCAUGCUCACCACGCUGCGCGACAUGGACAAGGACAACCAGCUGCCCCUGGACACGUAUACACACAUAGUGUACGCCCCGGAGUUUAUCGCCGAAGAGUCCCAGCCCGAACUGAUUCAGCUGCUUGACCGAGCCGGGUCGCUAAAGACUCGACACGUGGACACGCGCUUCGUCAAGAUCAUACUUGACGGCGUCCCCUUGGACCCUUACUUUACGCAGGCGGGCCUGGAUAAAGACGGCAAUGUAGAAAGAGAAAAGCUCUUUCUGCACGACCUGGAGGACGCCGUCAUUCGCUAUGAUCAGAGGGGAAUGACGUGCAAGAUUCACUGCACGGGCGAGGGCGCGACCCGACUGGCCUUGGACGCCAUUGAGGCCGCGAGACUACGGAAUCCAAACGGGCCAAGACACGAGAUUGCACACUGCUCCGGGGUGCAUCCAGACGAGUACCCUCGAUUUCGUCGGCUGAAUACCACUGCCGAAAUGUCACCGUCCGUCUUCUUCUGUCAGUCGUUUAGCCCAGAAGAGGAUGUCCUGCAGGACUGGAACUUUCCGCUGAUGCUCCGCCACAACGCGCACAUCUCGAUUGGCUCAGACUGGGGUGUCCCCGAGUCUCCGGACCUGCUCCCGGGCGUAGAGGGCAUCGUUGAGGCUGUGGGGUCUGGCGACCGAGGCAAAGGGGCCAAGAUGGUGCUGCGCAUGAUGACCUUGUCCGGCGCCGAAGCCGUAGGGCGGGAGAAGGAGACGGGGAGCAUCCAGACGGGCAAGCGUGCCAACUUUAUCGAGCUUGACCGCGACCUUAGCCUAGGAGAGCAAGGCGCAUUCAAGGAUGCCAAGGUUCGAAGGACUUGGUUUGAGGGGGAGCUUGUUUACACUGCGUCGAGUUGA